GGGAGCAGAGGCGGCGCCGCGGCGGGCGCGGAGCUGGCGUGAGGGCGGCUGAGGCGGCGCCGACUGGGGCCGCGGCGGCGCGCGGGAGCCAGUGGCCUUGGCGCGGUCUUUUCGGCUCGCUGGGCCCGGGCGGGAGGCCCGACGGCGGGAGGCAGCAUGUCGGUGGCGGGGCUGAAGAAGCAGUUCUACAAGGCGAGCCAGCUGGUCAGUGAGAAGGUCGGCGGCGCCGAGGGGACCAGACUUGACGACGACUUCAAAGACAUGGAGAAGAAAGUGGACGUCACCAGUAAGGCCGUGACGGAAGUGCUGGCCAGGACCAUCGAGUACCUGCAGCCCAACCCAGCCUCGCGGGCCAAGCUGACAAUGCUCAACACGGUGUCCAAGAUCCGCGGGCAGGUCAAGAGCCCAGGCUACCCUCAGCCAGAGGGGCUGCUGGGCGAGUGCAUGUCCCGCCACGGCAGGGAGCUGGGCAGCGAGUCCAACUUUGGCGACGCCCUGCUGGACGCGGGGGAGUCCAUGAAGCGCCUGGCCGAGGUGAAGGACUCGCUGGACAUCGAGGUCAAGCAGAACUUCAUCGACCCACUGCAGAACCUGUGUGACAAGGACCUCAAGGAGAUCCAGCACCACCUGAAGAAGCUGGAGGGCCGCCGCCUCGACUUCGACUACAAGAAGAAGCGGCAAGGCAGGAUCCCCGACGAGGAGCUGCGCCAGGCCAUGGAGAAGUUCGAGGAGUCCAAGGAGGUGGCGGAGACCAGCAUGCACAACCUGCUGGAGACCGACAUCGAGCAGGUGAGCCAGCUCUCGGCCCUGGUGGACGCCCAGCUGGACUACCACCGGCAGGCCGUGCAGAUCCUCGACGAGCUGGCCGACAAGCUCAAGCGCAGGAUGCGGGAGGCCUCCUCGCGCCCCAAGCGGGAGUACAAGCCCAAGCCCCGGGAGCCCUUUGACCUCGGAGAGCCCGAGCAGCCCAACGGGGGUUUCCCCUCCACCACAGCCCCCAAGAUCCCAGCGUCUUCGUCUUUCCGGUCUUCAGACAAGCCCAUCCGGACCCCCAGCAGGAGCAUGCCGCCCCUGGACCAGCCGAGCUGCAAGGCCCUGUACGACUUCGAGCCUGAGAACGACGGGGAGCUGGGCUUCCGCGAGGGCGACAUCAUCACGCUGACCAACCAGAUCGACGAGAACUGGUACGAGGGCAUGCUCAGCGGCCAGUCGGGCUUCUUCCCGCUCAGCUACGUGGAGGUGCUCGUGCCUCUGCCCCAGUGACCGGCGCCCCCUCCCGCCGGGGCCCCUCGGUACGCCCCCCAGCCUGGGCCCCUCACCCCGGCCUCGCGGGGGCCCUGCUGCCCAUCCCUCUGUCCCCUGGGGACAGGGCGUCUUCCUCCCCCAGGGUUGAGGAGAAGGGGGCCGACACUAAGGUGCUCCUUGAAACACUAACUUCCUCCUCAGGCCCCCCAGUUUCCGGGUGGGCCCCUCUUCUCCACACACGCCUCCCCCGGUCCCCACCUCCGUCCUGACCACAAGGGGACCCAGCCCCCCCCCGGGAGUUGCCCUGGGGCCUCAGCAGCUGGCAUUGAAGACGGGGAGAUGGGUGGGUUAGAGGGAGGCCCCCCUGGUUCCAAGUCCCCCCACGAGGCUCCCUUCCCUGCCCGUUGCUGGCGAUGGGCCCCUGCCCACCUGCCCAGGGGCAUCUUCCUGAGGCCCGAGCCCCACGCGGCCCCCUAAGGCCAGGCGGGAGGGCCUCACCUUCCAAGCUCAGGCCCGUCCCCUGCUGGGCAGCUCCCCCCGCCUCCCCUCCGGGCUCCAGGCUCACCCGCCCUCCGGGCACAGGGCACCUUCCUUACCACCCCCAACCAUGCUCGGGGGGACACCAGCUACCCCCCACCCCCAGUGUCAUCCAGGGUCAGGCACAAAGGCCUUGGAUGAGUGAAUGUCCCCAGACAACCACUGGGGCCCCUGGGGGCCACCGCCGGCCCUCCCCAUACCCAGGCUGGCCUCCUGGCCCCUCUAGACCAAGGCAGGCGGCUCUCAGGGCCCCGAGACCCUGCCCAGGCGUCACGCCACCUCCGGACCACGGACCCCACCCCUGUCCUGGGACCCACAGCCCCCCACCGGGCCCCCGUCCCUGGACUCUGCUCCCCUCCAAUCCUUGGGGAGGCCCGGAGGAGACGGGCGGCCUCGGGCAUGGUGGCACUCCAUCGUGGGCAAAUUGGGAUGAAACCCUGAUUUUUGUAAAAAAAGUAUUAAAUGUCUCUUUCUACACUU